AUUGAUUUGUUUGUUGUAGUAUGAUUUAUAUGAUGCCGUCUGUUUUCCGAUUGUAAUCUUGUUCUUGUUGUGUUGUUGUUCCUGUUGAUUUCCAUUUUCCUUAGAAAAAUGAAAGCGACUUUAAUUUUUGAUAGUGUUAACGAUUUAGUAUUUUCUAAAUGGGACGAGGGUUUCCUACAACGUAUGAAAUCGUUUAAUGAACAAGAAAGUGGGAAUGUGACUGAUAAUCACAAUGUUGCUCAGCUGUUGUCACCAAUCAUCACGUCACAGAGGGUCAUGGCUGCUCAGUUCGGGAACACCUACUCUUCUAUGCAAUGCAAAGACAAUACUACUAUAGUCUUUGAUGAGUGGCUGGACCAUGUGUUCUUGAUUAUUAGUGAGCAGAGUGUGGAUGAUGCUCACAGAGAAUUAAUGGACUGCAAGACCUUUGUACAGCACAUUUGUGGCCAGAAUGUCAGCUUAUUACAUUCUCCCAUCUACCAGGAGUGGCUGUCAGUACUAUUGGAGAGCCGAGGCAAAGGAGACUCGAUUCCCGGAGCCAGUGGCGUCAUUGGCGAGAGUGGUGCCACCUCCGCCGCCCUAAAUUCACUCAAAGCUGCCUCCAAAGAAAUCAAAUGCCCACCAUACAACCAUUAUCAUUUCAUGUUGUUUGUUGGUGAUAAGCUCCUAGCUCUGUAUUCUAGUCGCGGCAGUGAAGACUUGACUCCGCCAGAUUUGAUUCUCAUGAGCAUUCAAUGUAUUGCUGCACAAGAGUAUUGGAAAGAUAAACAAGAGGAACAGCCAACUAGACUGCCCUGGUUGUCGGAGGAGAAUAGCGCGAUAGUGCACACGUGCGCGGGCGCGGCCGGGCCGAGCGCGCCGCACUCCAUGCACCUCGCUGAAAUCGCGCCAAGGAUUAUCUUCGUAAUACUCGUCGAUAUGGAGCUCCGAGAUGUGGGCAUUGCAACACAAAUGUCGAAUCAAGUAUUAUCAAACCUGAGAAGACUCCUGCUACAAAGGAACUUAGAAAUGUUGCCGAGUACUCUCGACGCCUUGGAAGGAGCGUUAAAAAAGACAACAGACGCACUGAAGAAAAACAAAGCGCCGGCGAAUCUUUGCGCUCGUCUCUCCACCCGCAUGUUGGAGUUGCGCAAGUCUUGUACGACUACUACACCUUUGACCCCAGAGACAACGGCUACUGCAAUGCACACCGCAUUAGAAGCAGUCAUUGACCAUUUAAAGCCAGACAUACCUAGUCUGAAAAUGAGCCAACCUGUCAAAGAAUUAAGGACUAUACUAGCACCAUAUGUUGACUUUCUAAGAGUCAAAGCUAUGAGAUACUUCAGCCUCGGAUCUGGCGAGAUGGACAGUGGUUCCCUAACGCUGCACAAGUAUGUGGAAGAGUUCCCGGGGUUGAUCCACUUCGUGUACGUGGACCGCACCACCGGCCGCUUCCUCGCGCCCGACAUGGCCGACUGCGCGGAUAUGCUGUCUCCUGAUACCAUCCGCGGCACAGUGUCGCGCAGCUUCACGUACGUGCGCGAGGGCUACUGCGCGGCCACAUGGCGCGCGGGCGCUUGGCACGCGUGCUGCGUGCUGUGGUGGGAGCGGCGCGGCGCGCCGGCGCGGCCCGCGCGCGCGCUGCACGUGGCCGCCGUGCGCGCGCUGCCGCCGCCCGGGGACGUACAGGGCGCCUUCUACAGGCAACUGUUAGAGCUGGCGUUCCCCAACGACUCGGCGGGCGUGAGCAUGAAGGAGCUGACGUGCGUGCACCUGGGCCUGCUGCCGGCCGCCACGGCGGUGCAGCAGGCGCGGCGCCUGGCGCACGCCGUGCACGAGCUCGCCGCGCCGCAAGAGCCCGCGCCGCGCGCCCAGCACCUGCUCUAACGCACUGUUACUCUUAUCAUAACCAUUAUUCCACUUAGGGUAGGUUUCCAUUAAAGCAGAGAAGAGAGGAGACGUUCAAUCACAGCAUGCGACACAGAAGAUGCUCACUCACCCAACAGAAUCUAGAGCUAUCGUGGCCAUACUUAGGUUUUAAUCUGGGGAGAGGUAAGGGCUGCCCCGUCGGUAACGGGUACGCCUAUUUAUUAUUUUCAUGGUGGAAGAAAAUGAGCACAAAAAAAUCUGUUAGUACGAAAACGUGCGAUGAACUAGCGAUUGCGAAGAAACCUGAAAAGCUGCGCCGCCGCCGUGCUUUCAUCGUGAUUGGGACGCCAAUGUUCCACCUAGAAUCUUACUAGAAAGUCCCUCUUUAUCAAAUUUGUAUCUAUCAGAACAUACGUGACAUACUUGACGCAAACCUGCAGCUAUUUGACGCGAGUGAACACUAUUAACCUGGUAUAACACGAUUUUCCUAUUCGAAAAGAGGGCGACCGGCGACGACAUAGGUCGGGCGACUUGUGCCUGAGGUCUGUUCGUAGUCCAUCUGUUCCUUAUAAAAGCAAAAGACUUCACAAAAUUUUUAUUAGUGUGAUUAGAGCUGAUGUAAUCUGAUGUAGUUUACACUUAUUUUGAACCGCCUAAAUCUGGAUUUGCAAAAUAAAAUCAUAUGGUUUUUAGAAUUUAAUUCCUACAGAACACUAAUGUAGAAUUUUAUUCCAUGUAUUUAAGCUGAAAUAAACCUUAACAAACUAUCUAGUCUAGUAUGUAGUUCAAUAAUAAAUUAUAAUUUAUAGACUGAUUUAUAGCGUGUGAUGUCAUAAGUCAGGCUAUAUUGAUUAAUCUUCAAUUUAACCAAAAUAUUAGACAUAAUGCAGACACCUUGAUGUAUAAUAAUAUAAGUUACUAUUGGUGUAAAAAAUAUAACAUUCCAUUUUAAUAUUGUAAUUAUUGUUUUUAAUUUAUUUGCAUUUAAAUGUGUUACAAUAAAUACCAUAUUACGUUGAAA